AUGAUUAUUAAUUACAAUGUUGUACAGUAAUGUAUUUUACAAUAAUUUUUUCAUAUUGUUAAAUCUUGAAAUAAACUUACGUAAAAUAAUAAUAUUUUAUUUGAAGUUCAGAGGUUCAAUUUCAUAAAUAGCAUGUCCAAAAUAUUUAUAUCGUGAAGAUGUAUCAUUCUGCGUAACAUUUAUUAACUGUGUAAUACUUUCAUCAUUGUUUAUUUUACGUUGAGUACGUUUAUAUUCAAUAAUUUAUCGGAUAUUAUUAUAGUUUAUAAUAUCUAUAAAAGAAUGGCGGAACAUCGCCCUGUGGACAUAAGGAAUGCAAGGAAUUUGUAUCGAAAGGGAAAAUUUGGGAGAUUAAAGAGAAUUGCGGUUUUCAUUCCAGAUUUUCAUAAGCGGCGCUGGUUAAUCCAUGAUUUAUCGGUCAGCUACCACUACGAUUAUAGAAGAGUGAAGAUGUGAAACUAUAUGCUGAAUUACGAACACUGCAGAAACGCGGCACCAGGUGGAGCAAUUAUCUUCAUCAUCGUAGAGUUGAGUUAGAGUCGUGUGUGAGAUUCGUGUGUAAGAUUUGUAGUGAUUUUUGAAUUAAAACGUCGGGGGACGACACAUCAAAUGAAAGCAAUAUGAGUACAUUAGAUAAUGACAAUGAUGAAAAUGUUAACUUAAACGAUAUAAAACACGAAGCUUUUAAGAUUGAUGAUUAUGAAAAAGAAAUUGACAGUGACGACUUCUCCAGUGACGUUCCAGAAGUUAAUAAUGAUGAAAAUACAGAAGAUAAUCAAGACAAGGUAAAUGAUUGUCAAGAAGAUGAAUAUGUGGGACCAGUACUUCCUGGAGGCCAUAGAUUUGAUAAAAAGUUUAUUUGUGUUAAAUAUCCUGGAAAUGUUAUUAAUCCAGACAAAGCUAUAGAAACUUUAGGUGGCAUUCAAAGUAUUUCAACGGCAGUAAAUACACCAAAUCGACGAUUGGAGUUAAGAUUUAGACCAGAUGAUAUUUAUUGCAAACCAACUUGUGGCGAUAGACACAAUACUAAUGGUCUCUUGCUUAGAAUUAGAAUUAAAAAAUCUAGAGUAAAAAAAGCAAAAGAAGCUGAAGCAAAACAAGAAAGGAAACCACCAGCAAGUACUGUGAAAGUAAAUGAUUCUUCAGUUGAUGACAAUGAAAGUAUUAAAAAUAAUGUGAAUAAAAUAGAUGUAUCAGGGAUUGAAGAUAAUAAAGAUCAACAAGGACAACUUAUAACUGAAUUAAUUGAUCAAAUACAAAGUUGUAGUUUUACUACUUUAGAUGAUCCUGUUCCUGGUCCUUCUCAUAAAGAUUUAUAUUCUGAGAAUGUUAAAGAUGUACAGGAUCAACUAGAUACAAAUUUAUCAAAGAGUAAAAAAGAUAUAGCACCAACAUUUGAACGUAAUAAGUAUGAGGAUCUUUCCAAAGAUAAGGAUUAUGAAUUGCCAAAAUUACAAAUUUUAGGUAGAGUUGAUACAGAAUUUAAAUUUACAAGUCUUUGUGAUUUUCAAUAUUUACCUAUGACUCAAAGUAAGGAUGACCCUAAAAAAUUAGAGUGUAUAUAUCACAAAAUUUAUCCCAAUAGUAUACCACAUUAUUCUUGGUUAAGGAAUGACGUGCCUUACUUUCUCCCACCAGCUGCGUUCAGCAGAAUGGAUACAGUACAGCAAUAUGUACCAAAAACUGAAGUUAAUUCAUAUCCAGAAAAUAUAAUAGGAAAGAGUAGAAAGAGAAAGACAGGAUUUUCGAAUUUUAUUUACUUUUCAACAUCAGAAGUUCCUUCUAAACCACCAACAGGCAUAGAGACUGCUAUGAAAGUCAAGUUUAUUCAGAAUAUACACUUUGAACAAAUUCGUCAAAUUUUUGAGGAGCGACCGAUUUGGUCAAAGAACGCGAUAAUGUAUAAAACGAAAUUUUCUCAUGAACGAUUGAAAAUUUUACUACCUGCCGUCGCAUAUUAUUUCGUGACUGGUCCAUGGAAGAUUAUGUGGGUAAAAUUGGGAUAUGACCCAAGAAAAGACAUUUCUGCAAGAAAAUACCAAACUUUAGAUUAUAGAUUAAAAGCUAUGCAUGGUUUGGGAUCUACUGUAAAAUGUAAAAGAAAUUACUCAGAUUAUACAUUACCAUAUAAAUCCACACCAGCUGCAAAGCAAAAAACAAUUGUACAAAGUACUGCUUCAAAUCAAGAACAAAGUUCUAAAAAGGAGCAAGAUUUAAAUGAAAAUGUAUAUAUCUAUCGAGAGGGAAUGGUACCUCCUUCAAGACAAAUGUUUUAUCAGUAUUGUGACGUUCUUGUAGAUGAAAUACAAGAAAUGUUAGCAAAGUUACCAGAUCUACCUGGUUCUAAGUGCCAUGAAAAAAGAGGCUGGUUACCAAGUGGCUUUGAUGUUCAGUGUAGAGAAAUAAUUAACAAACAAGUUCGAGCUGUUUUGAGGAAGCAAAUGAAUAUACCUGAAGAUCAUCCUACAUCUUUACCUCGAAAACGCAAAUCAAGAAUUAAAUUAAAGCUUAACAAACUUAAAGGUAAAAAGAAAAAGAGAAAAAGUUCUCUUUCUAGUGCAGAGGAAAGUGAAGGAAAAUACGAUCAAUUUGAAUCUGGUGCUGUUAUAACAGAAAAUGAGUGAACUGUGUUUCUAGGUAAUAAUUUUUAUAUUCAGUGUGGUCCAAUAAGAAUUAACAUUUGAAUAUCUCUAUUGUUUUUGAAAAUAUAAAAAAGCCUUAGGUUUUUGCAUAUGAAAUGGCGGAUUUUACAAGUACGUAAAAUCAUUUAAAAUUUCACGAUUAAAAAUGAACUUUAUUAAAUGUCAACUUAAAGUUUGAAGCUUGUUAAAUUCAAUAUGAUCUGUGUUUUGUUAAAUGUUUUAUAUGUUUUAUACGUUAUAAAAUUAUUUAUCCAAUCCAUGUACAUUGAAUACAUUUCUAUAAAACUUGAAGCUUCAAUCUAAUAAAGAGUUGUUUAUGACAAUAAUGUAAAUAUCUUAAAAACUGCCAUUUACGUGAAAAAUUUAGAAAUAUUAACAAUUAGCAACAAUAAUCAACAAUAAUCGAUUUUAAUUGUAAUAAUUAUUUAGGAUAGAAAAAGUAUGUCGAAUUUAGGCAAUUGAAAGUUAUUAUUUUCAAGAAAGUUGACAUUACGAAUUUCGCCAUUUUUCAUUUGGAACAACUUAUAUAUAAAUAUAUAUAACAUUAAAUAUAUAUAGUUUAAUAUAUUACAUACAUUAUAUAUAUUAAAUAUAUAUAUUUUAUAAGAUUUGAUAAAUAAAUACUUUGUAAAUACCUACAAAUAAAGUUUAUUCAA